GUGUCUGUGUCCAUACGGGUCUCUGCUAGAAGAGACCGAGCAGAGGCGGGAAAUGGCGCCUGGCAACACAGCGGUGAGUGGAUCCAGAGACGGACCCUGAGCAGCGACAGACCGCAGACAACAGACACAGACAGACCGUCAGUCCGUCGGGAAGGAUCAGCGGGACCCUUACAUGUGACUGCUAAAACAAUGAGGCUGAGAAUGCGUAAGGCGUCUCAGCAGCCGAUCCCCAGUCUGGCAAGCCGCCCAUCCCGAACCAAGCGGCGGCAUUCAGAAGUAGAAGAGGACACGCCUACUAGUGGAGGGAGGGGCUUGUUCUCCACCAUCAAGAAGUUCAUCAGAGGAAAUGCUGUUAAGGUGCAGCAGGAGAGCCCAGCCAAGAAGACACGCCUCCACUGUGAUGUCGACAAUAACCUGAUCACCUCUACAACCCCAAACACCAACACCCCCCGCAGGACUAUCAGCAGGGUUGGCCGGAGAGGCUCCCUCAAUGGACAGGCAACCAAUCAUGACAGAAGUAAGGAGAAGCCUAAUGGCAGUGUGGAGGAGACAACAGCCGUUGAGUUGCCCACAACCCCUGCCAGAACCACCCUUCUUGGGACCAUCUUUUCCCCGGUUUUCAACUUCUUCUCACCAUCUAAAAAUGCCUCUUCUGGCUCAGACUCUCCAGACCAGGCCUUGGAGGCUGAGGAGAUAGUCAAGCAGCUGGACAUAGAGCAAACCGUAGAGACGCCCACCAGCACAGCCACAGCAACAUCCACACAGGAACUGUGUGCCACCACUAACUUCUACUCUAGUGUAGCACAGCUGCCACCUAUGCGACCUCCACACAUCCCCGAGGUUUGUCCCACAGCGAGGGAGGGAGAGAUCUGUGCUGAUGCUGACCUUCCACCCCUCACAGCUCCAGGCUCCAGUCCAGAUAUGGCAUAUGUGGACUCUAUGCCUGCUACAGUACCAACAGAGGCAACCUAUGAGGAAGACUGGGAAGUCUUUGACCCAUAUUUCUUCAUCAAGCACGUCCCUCCACUGACAGAAGAGCAGCUCACUCGUAAGCCAGCUUUGCCACUGAAGACACGCAGCACGCCUGAAUUCUCUCUGGUCCUUGACCUGGAUGAAACAUUGGUCCACUGCAGUUUAAAUGAGCUUGAGGAUGCAGCACUUACAUUUCCUGUCCUCUUUCAAGAUGUCAUUUACCAGGUGUAUGUGCGCUUGAGGCCGUUCUUUAGAGAGUUUUUGGAACGCAUGUCCCAAAUCUAUGAGAUCAUCCUUUUUACAGCCUCUAAAAAGGUGUAUGCAGACAAAUUGCUCAACAUCUUGGAUCCUAAAAAGCAGCUCGUGAGACACAGGUUGUUUCGUGAGCAUUGUGUCUGUGUCCAGGGAAACUACAUCAAGGACCUCAACAUCUUGGGCAGAGACCUGUCAAAGACGAUCAUCAUUGACAAUUCACCGCAAGCCUUUGCAUAUCAGUUGUCCAAUGGGAUUCCCAUAGAGAGCUGGUUCAUGGACAAGAAUGACAAUGAGCUGCUGAAGCUGGUGCCCUUCCUGGAGAAGUUGGUUGAGAUGAAUGAGGAUGUGCGGCCACAUGUUCGGGAGAGGUUCAGGCUUCACGACUUGUUGCCCCCUGAUUGAACUUGACCUCAGUCUUUCUGAACGGGACAACAUGAAAAAACUGAGAACAACUCGCGUGUAAAAAGCCCCUCUUUGGAUUACGAACUACAACAUUGCCAUUACGGUUAAAAUUUAAGCCUUUUUUUGUUUGUGUUUUUUAAACCCACUGUUGCUUUUUAAAAAGACUUGAAAAGAAAAACAUUUUUAAAAAUCUGGGUGAAAUUUUUUUAAUGUUAAAAUGAAAUUACAGAUGCUAUGAACAAGCCCAGGUAAACUCCUUUUUUUUCCACUGACUCUCCAGCUGUGGAGCCGGAUAUCUCCUCCACACUAAAUUAGGAAGUCUUGGUGCUGGUUUAGAGGAUAUGAAAAUGCAACCUGGUAAAGAGGAACUCCACCCCGACCGAGUCCCUGAACCCAAAACGACCGCUGGUGCUCACGCCGUUGACGCUGACGAAUAACCGCACUCUGUGGCUACAGACUAUUUUCAGCAGGAAUGACUGGCCUGUAAAUCAAUCUGUGCAUGUGUGUAUGUUGACUCCUAUCCACACGCACACACAUACACUUAUUUGGUGUUUGACGAACCUACAAUCUGUAGCCUUUAAAGCAUAUGCAUUCCUCCGUAGCUGAGUCAAGUUUCUAUUGUUGGUUGCAGUUUAUUUUCUGGUAAAACUGGUGUUUCAUUGUUUAAAAAAAAAGAUGGCUUUUCAAAAUGUUUUACUUCUGUUUGUAAGAUAUGAUGUUUUAAAAGGGUCUUGUAAGUUUUUAUUGUAAGCCUUUUUCCUAUUAGGAGAACAUGGGUGCAUAAUAAUGUCAGUCCACUGCAUAGUCAAACUAAAUUUAAUUGUACCAGGACUUAAAGUAUAGUUUGUUCUCAUUCUAACAAAUAGAGGUUUAAUUGGACGUGUUGGCAUCACUGUGGACACAAAAUGGCUCCUUAUUUAAAUGUUAGGAUUAAGACUGUCCUUACCUGUAAAUCUGACAUAUUGUAAAGGUUUGAGGGCAUUCAUUUUCAAAGUGAUGUGUCAACAUUGACCUUCUUUAAUAAUAGUAUUUGAUUUGUCAUAUGUCUAUAAUCAGUAUUGUCUUUAACUCCUAAUCAAGUAUUCGGGCUAAGAUCAGAGCUCAGUUUCUUUCAGUUGUAAUUUGAUGGCUAUAUCAGUAGCAUUAUGACUAAUGUAGCACAUCUCUGCCAGUGUGUCAUAGAGUCUACCCAUGGUAGACCUCUAUGGCCAGACCCUGUACCAGCCAUAUCUGGCACCAGCAACAUACUGUUUUAAUGGUCAGCUUCACUGACGGCUCCUCUACCUGUUUCAUAUUACUUUACUUUGUACUUUUAAGCUUUUUUUUUUUUUUUUAUGUUUAGUGCAGUUUACAGCAAUGUGUUUAAGAAUGGUAACUAUAUGAAUGUGUUUCUGCCCGACAUCAGCCUGGACACUCGACAUAGGACAAACUGACAUUUUACUCUGUUGUUUCAACUUAAUUUAUUUAAUCGUGAGACAAACAGUAGGCAGACAUGUAGAUGUUUUCUUGGCGUCCUGACAGGCCUAAACCUGGGACGGAGCGCUCAAAUAGCCCAAACCCUCAACAGUUGACUUGAAUCUCUGUGACAAUUUGGCAUGCGUUGUUGAACCUUUUUCAGUUCUUCUUCAGUUUGAAGAAAAGUGCUUCUUUUUUUUUUUUUUUUUUUUUGUUGAAGCAAAUGUGAGUGUUUUGGAUUUGUCUCGGUUGCCUGUACAGUGCCAUACACUUUCCCCACCUUAUAACCCCCUCCCACCCACAUUUCAUUUCCUGCGCUCUCACCCCCCAAAAUGCUUCGAUGGAAAGAGGCAAUCAGACCUCAAAGCUCUGCUGGUGGUGAACCCUAGACACACAAAGCCUUCCCCUAUUAUUUCCCCGUCUGCUGUAAGUGUUGUGUUCUGUGAUUCGAUUGAGUCCCCGUCCCCCCCCCAUUAGUAAAUUUGCAGGUGAACCCUGCUGUACCCUGUUCAAACAAUCCCUGCUGCUCACUUAACACAGGUUCAGCUCAGAGAUGGUUUUCCAUCUGUUCAGCGUCCCGCUGCCUUUGCCUUUCUUUACCACCAGGAGUUAGUAGCUCUCCAGAAAUUAGAAUUUGUUUGUAUUACAGUAAAAAUUGUUACAGGGCACAAUGGUGAUUUAUCAGACAUACUGUUAUGGGUAAACAUGUCCAGACUAUGAAUGUAAAUUGCACAUGGGGUGAAGUCUUAAGUGUCUUUCCAAAUCCCUUGUUUUGUUCUCUCCGCAUCAACGAACAAAAAGAUGAGAAGUGGCAGCUCGUAUCUGCAUUUUAGUGCUUGUUGAGGAGGCAAGAACAAGGUGCAUGGAAGAGGAAACAUGUCUUGAGGUCCAACCAUGGUAAACCCCUCCACCCGCCCGCCCCACCCCCAUGACCUCUUACUAUCCUGACUGCCAUCUUUCAGUAGGCAAGCCUCACUUUGGGUGUGCGAUGUAGCCCAGGUGUGCUCGUCCCCUCAGUGUGAUAAUGUAUAAUUAUAAUUCAAGGCUUGUUUCUGAAGAAUUGGUGGGAGGCGUUUGAUACUUUUAAUCCAGCUCAUUUUUACGUGCAUUACCAGUUUUAUUGUACACUGAGUGUUGUACAAUACAUGCAGCUUCAUGUUUGAAAAAAUCCUUAAAGUAAGGAAAAACUUUUUGUAUUUUUGAUUUUAAAAGGCAUGUCAUAUCUACUUUUUAAAUGUAUUAAUGAAGAUUUAACUUUACAUCAGAUGGAGUGUUUUUUUUCUUUUCUUACAAAUAUCUGUAUGUUUAGUUUAGCGCAAUGUCACUGAACUGUUAAACUUAGCAUGUAGAGAAUACCGCUUGCUUUGUGGGAAAGUCCUGAAUUAAAUUUUAAUCAUGGCACUUUUUCUGCAGAAAAGCGAUCGUGUUAAUGAUUUUUAUUUUAUUUUUUUCAAUAUUCGUUAAGCCAUUUUACUUGCAAGAAUUGCUAUUUGUGCUUAAGAUGUAUUUAAAAUGUUUUAAGACAUCUUUGUUAGCCCCCCGGGCUAUGCUAUUGUAAAGUGUAUAUACAGUUACAUUGAAUU